GAAUUAGAGACCAAGCAACCUUAAAGCCCCACCAUCUUUCUCUAUAAUCACUUAUAUAGUUAUAUAUAUACACACACACACUUUACACUUUACAUACACGUGAUCUGUCUAACUUUUUCCUUCAGUCCUGGUAUUUAAUGUUAAGUCCUACUGAUUGUACUCGCAUAAUCGGAUUUACACAAGCCUGUUUGCUUCAGUUUUGGUAUUGGAAAUCAUAACAUAUGUUGCUUGAUUGAAACUUCUAAGAUUUAAGUCGGUUGAUGAUGGCAGCCGAUGGUGCAUUACCGUUCUCCGUUGCAUCUGUGAUGGAAACCGUACUUCAACAACAUGAUAUUCAGCCUCGGCAUCUAGAUUUGGAUUCGCGUAGAGCCGAGGAAAUUGCAACAAGAAGGUAUGAAGCCACUGCUUGGAUGAGAACAAUGAUCGGCGUUGUGGAGGCAAGAGAUUUGCCCGCGCAGCCUUCUGAGGAAGAAUUUAGAGUUGCUUUAAAAAGUGGACUAAUUCUCUGUCAUGUGAUCAAUAAGGUUGAUCCAGGAUCCGUGCCUAAGGUGGUUGAAGGUCCAUGUGAUCCAUCUUCUGUCCCGGAUGGAGCAGCUUUAUGCAUAUAUCAAUGUUUCGAAAAUGUAAGAAAUUUUCUUGUAGCCGUUGAGCAAAUGGGACUACCUACUUUUGAGGCAUCCGAUUUGGAACAAGGUGGCAAGUCAUUUAGAGUUGUCAAUUGUAUCUUAGCGCUCAAAUCGUACCACGAUUGGAAACAAACAGGUGGGAAUGGGACUUGGAAAUUUGGUGGAAAUUUGAAACCGAUCGCAUCAGGAAAGAACUUCGUACGCAAAAACUCAGAUCCGUUCAAAAAUUCAUUGUCAAGGUUUAUAUCAAUGAAUGAAGCAUCCAUGAAUGGUCAAUUACUUGAAACUGAGAAUGUCGAAAUGCCUGAUUCUUCCUUGAAUAUGCUUCUCCGUGCAGUUUUAUUCGAUAAGAAACCUGAUGAGAUUCCCAUGCUUGUAGAGUCUGUGCUAGGUAAGGUCAUGGAAGAGUUUGAGAACCGCAUUGCUAAUCAAUUUGAAUCGACCAAAGAAACCCCUACCGGAGACAGUACUCUCUUGAAACACACUACUGAUGAAAUAAAGGUGAACGAUAAAAAAUGCGCACUUGUAAAGAAAGAUGAGAACUUGCAUAAGAACUCCAUCUCCAAUGAAGAAAAGGGAAGAAAACAUCGGAAAUAUCAAAUUCUUCUUGAUAUACAAGAAAGGGAUAUCAAGGCGCUGAAACAAACUCUUCUAACCACAAAAGCCGGGAUGCAGUUCAUGCAAGCGAAAUUCCACGAGGAGAUUCAGAAUCUCGGCCUGCAUGUUCAUGGUCUAGCCACUGCUGCUUCCGGGUACCAUAGAGUUCUUGAGGAAAACCGAAAGCUAUAUAAUCAGGUCCAAGAUCUUAAAGGAAAUAUUAGAGUUUAUUGUCGGGUGAGACCUGGAAGAUCGGACUUUCAAAGUGUCGUGGAUAACAUUGAAGAAGGAACGAUUUCCAUAAAUAGCCCUGUCAAAUAUGGAAAAGGAUGUAGAUCAUUUAACUUCAACAAAGUAUUUGGGCCCUCAGCAACCCAAGCGGAGGUCUUUGCGGAUACUAGGCCCCUAAUUCGCUCUGUUCUUGAUGGUUACAAUGUAUGUAUUUUUGCAUAUGGUCAAACUGGAUCCGGAAAAACACAUACGAUGACUGGACCAAAAGAUCUUACAGAGAACAGUCAAGGAGUUAAUUAUAGGGCGUUAGGUGAUUUAUUUUUUCUCGCGGAACAAAGGAAAGACACCUUUCAAUAUGUUGUGUCGGUUCAAAUGAUCGAGAUUUAUAACGAGCAAGUUCGAGAUCUUCUUGCUACCGACGGUUUAAACAAAAGAUUAGAAAUUCGUAACAAUUCACAAAACGGAUUCAACGUCCCAGAUGCUACCCUGGUCCAGGUGGCAUCAAUGUAUGAUGUUAUUGAUCUGAUGAACCUGGGCCAUAGAAACCGUGCGGUUGGUGCAACUGCUCUCAAUGACCGUAGUAGCCGCUCACACAGUUGCUUAACUGUACAUGUCCAAGGGAGAGACCUAACAUCCGGAGCUGUAGUUCGCGGUUGUAUGCAUUUAGUUGAUCUAGCGGGUAGUGAGCGCGUGGACAAAUCUGAAGUAGCCGGUGACAGAUUAAAAGAGGCACAACAUAUUAAUAAAUCCUUGUCAGCAUUAGGGGAUGUGAUUUCUUCUCUUGCUCAAAAGAAUUCACAUGUGCCUUACCGAAACAGCAAACUCACACAAUUACUUCAAGAUUCACUUGGAGGGCAAGCGAAGACACUGAUGUUUGUUCACAUAAGCCCGGAACUUAAUGCUGUUGGAGAAACACUAAGUACGCUUAAAUUUGCUGAGCGGGUGGCGACUGUUGAACUUGGUGCUGCACAAGUACAUAAAGAUAGUUCGGAUGUGAAAGACCUCAAAGAGCAGAUUGCCAGUCUAAAGGCGGCUCUUGCGAAGAAGGAAGGGGAUCAAGAAGACAUGCAACAGAAAGUAUCGGGGAGUCCGUAUGGCAAACUAUCGUCUCGUUCCCCUCCUAACUUGCAAAGGGUAGAUUCAUUUCCGGAGCCGAAGAGUAGUAGGAAACCAAGGGCGGAUGUAGGAAACACGGAGGUUGGCAAAAAAUCGAGAUCAAGGCAGAAGACACAAAGCUUUGAUUUAGAUGAACUAUUAGCAAAUUCACCACCAUGGCCUCCGAUAAGCAGUCCAGGCGAGGCAUAUCUAGAAGAUGAUAGAGACGCAUGCUCGGGUGACUGGGUUGAUAAAGUCAUGGUAAACAAACAAGAUGCAGCCCGAUGUUGGGAAGCAGAAAACGCUGCAAUUUCUGAUCCAUUUUACCAAAAAGAUGUUCCGGAUUCUUCAUCGGAACAAUCUUAUACCGUAUUCGAAAAUGGAAAUGGGUUUGAGAUGGUGAAUACUGAUGGAGUGGAUGAACUUGAUGCUGCAACUAGUGACUCGUCUGAGCCUGAUCUGCAUUGGCAAUUUAAUCAUUCUAAACUUCCAACAAUGUCAAGAUUUAAUAAUAAAUCAAAUGGGAAGGCAACAAAGAGCCCGGAUUUCAGCAGGUCAAUGAUUCCAAGACUUUUGCCAUCACCUUCACGCAAAACAACAAAUGUCGGUAACCACCAUCAGCCGACGCAGCGCGGUAGUAGGCAGGUAACUGCUGUUGAAAUGAAGAAGAAAAGCGAGAACCGAAAGUAUUGAAGAAUAACAUUCCUUGAUUUUUACGAUUUUUUUCUUACAUUACAUACAGUUUUUUGUAUUUUCCUGUUUUUUUCUUUUUUUUUUUUUUUUUGGCUUUCAUGAACUGUGAAAUCGCUGUUGUAAAUCUGUUUGCUACAAAUACAAAGGUUCCUUUGACCGAAA